ACUGAAACUUAACAGCAUACUUUACAAUAUACCAGAACACUUUGCAAUAAUACUAUAAAGUGCAAAUAGAAUGUAUAUGUUAAAGUUCAAUAUACUAUUGUAACAUUUUUAAUUUCCAUAUCCACCAAUUGCAAACAACUGGAAAAUACAAAACGUGUGAAUCCUGAUUAAGUAAUACAGAUGGCGGAUGUUGAACAAAUGGACUGGAUCCAAUGUGAAAAACAAAUUGUAAUUAGUCAUCAGUCGGCUUUCACCCCCUGAUAGUAAUCUUGCACUCAUGAUACUUCACUUGAAGGUAAAUGACCUGUUGCAAGACAGUCAGCAGAUGAAUUCACACAGAUAAUGGUCCGGUUGGAGUUGGUGGUUUUCUUUAGGGGGUCUUGCAUAAGUUGAAAAGCUGCACAGGCCCCUUAUCAGUCCUCCAUGACCUUCAGUCACAAACAUCACUGCUGCCCCUCCUUCACAUCUCAGUGAUUGACUCCGAUAAACAUUACACCGGAUCACACCUUCAUAAAUGCAGUGAGAUCAAACAAGCAGAGAGAUUGCAAAGUGAUGGAGAAAUGUGAUUUAUGAUCAGACUCGUUUUAUUGUAUUUCGCACUGUUAGUAUGUAAUUCAGUCUUUUUGUUUACUUUAAAACAACGCUUGCUUAUAUCGGUUGAUCACAUCAAAUGUUUCACUAUGGUCACUAAAAAAACAAAUCUAAUGUGGGAUUCAUAACCAUUUUGAGCCACACAACCAAUCAUUUGGGUUUCUGCAAUCUGAACAUCACAAGGCAAUACCAUUUAACCGUAUUAAAAGGCAAUUUUUUUAGAGAACUUACAAUUUCAUUGCUUUUGAAGUGAUUGGCCUCCAGUACAGAGAAAAUGACACGCGUUCAAAUGAAAUCCUGGAAUGAGCCAAAAUACGGCAUCUUCCUGCUGUUAAACAGAAACAGACAUGUUUGUCAUUUUGCCCGUACCAUCCUGUAGCCCACCCUGCCGUGAAGCCAAUCAUCUUUUAGACCUUACACGACUCACCCAUCAUUGGCCGAGAGCUGCUUGACCUCCUUCAAUGUAUCUGCGUUCAAUCAGUUUCAUGAGAUCUUGCUAUUGUACACUAAGACCAAAACCUUCCUACUUAUUUUGUCCAUUGAGACACAUCAGAAGAAUCAGAAUCAGAAGGAGCUUUAUUACCAAGUAUGUUUACACACACAAGGAAUUUGACUUGGCAACGGGAGCUUAGUGCAGAAGAAAGUGUACACAUGGUGCAAAUGUAGUGCAAAUAUACGUUACGAUAGAAAAAACGAGAAUAAAAUAAAAACAAUAAUGCACUAUAUACAAAAAGUGACAUUUUUACUGUAUGUCUAUAUAUUCAGUAACCAUUCUGUGGCUGUUUUGUUGUGAUAAGCAUGUUGUCCCUUUCUUGACCUUCGUGCAGAGGUUAAUGUGAAAUAUUGAUGUAAUCUAUGUUAAUAUGUUAACGUUCCAGUUCGGGACAGCUUUGUUCGCAUACAGUGUUGUUUAUCUGGAUGUGGGAUGUUUUGGACAUUGGCUCUCUCUGAGAGGGUGGACUUUGUGUUAACCAGUCCCAAAGAAACACCUCCCUGAGGAAGUGGAUGUUGAAAAAAAAGAAAACAGUCUGUGAUAGUGAAAUAUAAAGCAGGACAGGAUGACUGCUGCUCUCUCUACAACUUGAGAGUUCACGCUAAGAGCCCUGUCAUACCACCAGACAGAGAAAUCCAUCCGCAGCGGUCAGUAUGGUGGGUCUAAAGCCAUCUGAUGUUCCACCUCCUCUUGGAGUUAAAGUUCUGAGUGCAGGAACAGCCGGUUGUAUCGCUGAUUUAGUCACGUUUCCUCUGGACACAGCUAAAGUUCGCCUGCAGAUCCAGGGAGAGAAAGCCACGACAGGAGCAGCUAAGGGCAUCCGGUACAGGGGAGUGUUUGGGACCAUCAGUACCAUGGUGCGAACGGAGGGGCCACGCUCGCUCUACAACGGAUUAAUAGCUGGACUUCAGAGACAGAUGGCUUUUGCCUCUAUACGAAUUGGCUUGUACGACAGCGUCAAGAGCUUCUACACAAGGGGCAAAGACAACCCCAAUGUGGGUAUCAGGAUCUUAGCUGGCUGCACCACAGGGGCCAUGGCCGUUUCCAUGGCGCAGCCCACAGACGUGGUGAAGGUGCGUUUCCAGGCCCAGAUAAACCUGCAGGGUGUGGGACGGCGCUACAACGGAACCAUGAAAGCUUACAGACAAAUAUUUCAGCAGGAGGGUCUUAGAGGGUUGUGGAAAGGAACACUACCCAACAUCACAAGAAACGCCCUGGUCAACUGCACAGAACUCGUGUCCUAUGACCUCAUCAAGGAAGCAAUUCUUAGACACAAACUAAUGUCGGACAAUCUGCCAUGCCAUUUCACAUCUGCGUUUGGAGCCGGUUUCAUCACCACAGUGAUCGCGUCCCCGGUGGAUGUCGUAAAGACUCGAUACAUGAACUCUCCUCCUGGUCAAUACAAAAGCUCACUCAAUUGUGCCUGGAUUAUGAUGACUAAAGAGGGUCCCACUGCCUUUUACAAAGGGUUCGUUCCCUCUUUCCUGAGGUUGGGCUCAUGGAACGUGGUGAUGUUUGUAUCAUUCGAGCAACUCAAGAGAGCCAUGAUGAUGUCCAGAAACAGGCUCGAGGCGGGCACAUAGACGUUUAAGACAGAAAUCCCACUUUUAAACCCAAAGACUUUAAAACCUCUCUAGAUGACUGGAGUGGAAUUUGACUUCCAAGUAUUUCAUUCGGAUUUGGAAGUUUAAUAGCCAACACUACAGGAUGAUGAAAACUAGCCUCUUUUUCCAGAGCAUUUUUUUUAUGUAAAUGAAUUCCUUAUUCUGAAAACCCUUCAAUAUAAGAACUAAUUCUUUAAACGCACAAAUAGACACAUAUGCUCUGUACCUCAUCCCUUUGUGAAGUUAAUGUACAUAAUGUUCAUGUAAUAUUUAUGUUUCCUCAUUUUUUUUAGUAAUUAAUCCUUUAUUCAGAACUAUUUACUGUACCAUUUAUUUGUUAUACUCUCACCUGACUAUGACCUAGGAAGUGAGACCGCUUCAAUUCUGGAAACCAGAACCGCAUACACUGAUACAAAACAAGUUUAUUCAACUUUAUAGUGAAUGUGGAAUAUUAAAAUGCUGUGUAUGUAAAACAAAAUCUAAAAAUCAUGAAAUGCUAGCUUUCAUAUUACCAGCUCUUGCAGGUUUGCACUAUUAUUUUGGGACUAUUAUGGGCUGUCUAAAUGAUAUCUUAAAUUCCAUGGUUUGUUCUCCUUGCCCAAGUACAUACAGCGGGUAAAAUAAAUAUCGAACACGUCACCAUUUUUCUCAGUAAAUAUAUUUCUCAAGGUGCUGUUGACGUGAAAUUUUCACCAGAUGUCGUUAACAUCCCAAAUAAUCCAUACAUGCAAAGAAAACAAAUAAGUUUUAUGCAAUAAAAUAGAAUGACACAGGGGAAAAGUAUUGAACACGCUUACUGAAAUUACCUCCACUAUGGAGAAAUUAGUAGCAUGCAUUGCUCGGUUUGUGUGGAAGAAUGGGCCAAAAUCACACCUGUUUUCAAAUCUUGAAGGUUCCGUGGGCCUCUUCUAUGAACUCUGAUCUUCAGUUUCCAUAGAUUUUCUAUUGGAUUCAGUCAGGUGAUUGGCUGGGCCCUUAGCAGCUUUAUUCUCUUUCUCUGAAACCAAUUGAGAGUUUCCUUGGCUGUGUGUUUGGGAUCAUUGAGUUGCUGAAAUGUCCACCCUCGUUUCAUCUUCAUCACUUUGGUAGAUGGCAGCAGAUUUUUAUCAAGAAUGUCUCUGUACAUUUGUCCAUUCAUCCUUCCUUCAAUUAUAUAAAGUUUGCCAGUGCCGUAUGCUGAAAAACAGCCCCACAACAUGAUGUUCCCUCCUCCCAACUUCACUGUUGGUAUGGUGUUUUUGGGGUGAUGUGCAGUGCCAUUUGACCUCCAAACAUGGUGUGCAUUAUGGCAUCCAAAGAGUUCAAUUUUGGUUUUAUCUGGCCAGACUAUAUUCUCCCAGUAUUUCACAGGCUUGGCUAAAUGUUGUGCAGCAAACUUUAAAAGAGCUUUAACAUGUUUUUCUUCAGCAAUGGAGUCUUGCGUGGAGAGCGUGCAUACAGGCCACUGCGGUUGAGUGCGUUACUUAUUGUUUUCUUUGAAACAAUUGUACCUGUUAAUUCCAGGUCUUUCUGAAGUUCUCCACAAGUGGUCCUUGGCUCUUGGACCACUCUUCUGAUUAGUCUUUUUACUCCUCUGUCAGAAAUCUUGCAAGGAACACCUGGUCGUGGUUGGUUUAUGGUGAAAUGAUGUUCUUUCCACUUCCGGAUUAUGGCCCCAACAGUGCUCACUGGAACAAUCAGAAGUUUAGAAAUCCUUCUAUAACUAAUGCCAUCAGUAUGUUACGCAACAAUAAGAUUGCGAAGGCCUUAAGAGCACUCUUUGCUUUUACCCAUUAUGAGAUGACACCUUGGUAAUGAAACACCCUUUUAUAUGCCAUCAGUUGGGGCUGAACCAGCUGAUGUUAGUUUUCUUUUGA